CUUGAGUUAGCAGGUAAAAUAGGCAUUGCUUCAAGGCGAUAGAAGGGAAAAAAGAUGGGUAGAAGGCAUUUUUUCCCAGGUGUAACUCAAUUGCUUCCCGGCUAUUGUUCCCCUCCCUGGGAAUCUGUGCAAAUUGAGCAAGGAGCCGUGCAAGCUGCUCAGAGCGCGCCCAUUUUCUUUCCCUUCUUCCCUAACAAAAGAGCCCUCCAAAGCCCGGCGUCGGAGGCUGGACAUCUGUCGCCGUUUGGGGGGGCCGGCGUGGUCAUUGAAAAGAAGCAGUGACCUGUCAGCUUUGAUUGAUGGCCACAAACCUCCGGGCUCGACCCCUCGUGUGGGAAAAGAAGUCCCGCCAAGGAAAGUCCCCUUUCACAUGCUAAUUCUGGGUUAUAAAUACAGCAGAGGAGCAGCAGAGCAGCAAAGAGUCCGUCUGGAAAGGGAGCGACCCGCUGCCCGAGUGCCUCCUUCCCAUCCCAUCCUCCCGGCGCCCGGGGCGGGCAGGCUGGAUGAGAAUGACCGCUGCAGCCACCGCCGGCGGCACCCACAAGCUCACCAGCACCAAGGAGGAGAGGAAGUUAAGGAAACCCCUCAUUGAGCGGAAGCGAAGGGAAAGGAUUAAUAACUGCUUGGACCAGCUGAAGGAGACUGUUGUGGGCGCCUUUCACCUGGAUUCUAAGCUGGAAAAAGCAGACAUCCUCGAGAUGACGGUGAAGCACCUCCAGAACAUCCAGAGCAGCAAGCUGAUGGCCGACUCCAAAGUGGGGCUGGAGGCGCAGCAGAGGUACAGCACCGGGUACAUUCAGUGCAUGCACGAGGUGCACAACCUCCUCCUCACCUGCGAGUGGAUGGACAAGACCCUUGGGGCACGCCUCUUAAACCAUCUGCUGAAGUCCCUGCCCAGGUCUGGCGAAGACACCUGCAAAGCGGCAUUAAGGUCUUCGAGCCCAUCUCAGCAGCCUCUCCCAACGCCAAAAAGUCCCCUGAGCCCGAAGGGAAGCACUCGGGGCACAAACCCAUCACAGGAGCGCUUCUACCCCGUGGAGAACAAGCAGGCUUCAAAAAAUUCCUUCCAGCUGCCGUCGCUGUCGGUUUUCGGCCAGGCUGACACUGCACCUCCCAGGCAGGUCCUGCAGCCAAAUUUUUCCUAUAACAACCCUAGAAUGGGGUCAUUAGAUAUGUGGAGACCAUGGUAAAGUGUGUUUUAAAAUGUUUAUCCUAACCUUAGACACUCUUACAUAUGUAUCUUAUAGAUAUGUUUCUUUAAAACACUUGUGGAGCAAGUCUGUUCCUGUAGGUGUACUAAAGACCAGGGUACUUCAAACCGAAGUAAACCUAUGUGUAGCCUGCAUUGUAGAAGGCUGCUAUUAUUUUCUAUUUAUUUAAUACAUCUAAGUUAUUGUAUAGAAUCCUCUCGUACUCUUUAGUGUAUAUUAAUUAUAUAGCUUUCUUGUCUUACAUUCUUAAAAUAAUUAACUGCCUAUUAAUAAAAGUACAAGUCAACAAGCAACAACCCUCUCUGGCGUCAAGCUUACCUCCCAAAUCUCACAUAACUCACCGAGACCACCUCACUGGAUAAAGGGGUAAAUGGCUGAUCUCUUCCGAUUUUCAUUUUUAUUAUUAUUCCUCUGCAGCUGUAGGAGAUUCUGGUUCUGAUUCCUGUAAAAGGGCUGCAGUGAUUAGAAAAAAAAGAGAGAAAGAGAGAGACUUGGUUUGGACUCCAUAGGUUGCUUAGAAAUGCUCUGGCUUGCUCCCUCGGGCUGUGCUGUUCCCAGCCACCUGGACAUUACUGUUAAACUACUGAGCUAUGUGUAUAUAUAUAUAUGUUAUGGAUAGUUAUAUUUAGGGAUUAUUCUUUUGUUUCCCUAACUAAAAGUUUUAAAUAAACUUUUGGAAGAUAACAACUGAUAUUUGUCCCACCUUUGUCCUGUCUGCUCUGA